AUGGGGUUUGUCCAGCAUGUUGGUGGCAGUCCGCAUGUUGGUGGCGGUCUGCAUUUUGGUGAUGGUCUGCAUGGAGGUAAUGGUCCGCAUGACGGUGGUGGUCUAAAUAUAAGUGGCGGUCAGCAUGGUGGUGAUGGUCCGCAUGUUGGUGGUGGUCCGCAUGUUGGUGGCAGUCCACAAGUUGGUGGUGGUCCGCAUGCUGGUGAUGGUCCUCAUGGUGGUGGUAGUCCGCAUGACGGUGGUCCGCAUGGUGGUUGUGAUCAGCAUGGCAGUGGGCGUCGACAUGGUGGAUGCGAUCUGCAUGUGGUUGGCGGUCCGCAUGGCGGUGGCAGUCCACAUGGUGUUGGUGGUCUGCAUGGUGGUGACGGUCCGCACAGUGGUGGCAGUCUGCAUGGUGGUGGUGGUCUGCAUGUUGGUGGCGGUCCGCAUGGUGGUGGUGGUCCGCAUGGUGGUGGUGAUCCGUUUGUUGGUGGUGGUCGGCACGAUGUUCCACAUGUUAGUGGUCCGCAUGGUGGUGGUGGUCUGCACAGUGGUGGUCGGCAUGGUGGAGGUGAUCCUCAUUGUGGUGGUGGUCCGCAUAGUGGAGGUGGUCCACACAGUGGUGGUCCACUUAGAGGUGGUGGCCCGCCUGGUGGUGGUGGUCCGCAUGGUGAGAUGGGUGGUAGAGGCUGCAAAUGCAAGGAUCAAAAGGUGGAAGUAACUUUCACAUGUUCUUCCAACAAACCAAGUGCCAUACAUAGGUGA